GGCCCAGCAACGAUAACAGUCCCAAUCCAACACGUCCCCCUUCUCCUCAGAUAAAAAUCUGGCAGGGGCGACCAACAAGAACCCUAGUCUUGCGGAUCCAUCCCAAUCCCAUAUUCGCAUCCGUCGCUGCAUCUCCUCUCCCCACUUCUCCGCCGGACUCCUUUUAGAUUCUCCGACAUGUCGGACUCGGAGGAGCACCACUUCGAGUCCAAGGCCGACGCCGGCGCAUCCAAGACCUACCCGCAGCAGGCCGGCACCAUCCGCAAGAACGGUUUCAUCGUCAUCAAGAACCGCCCCUGCAAGGUUGUUGAGGUUUCCACUUCCAAGACUGGGAAGCAUGGCCACGCCAAGUGCCACUUUGUCGGCAUUGACAUUUUCAAUGGAAAGAAGCUUGAGGAUAUUGUUCCCUCAUCUCACAACUGCGACGUUCCUCAUGUUAAUCGUACUGAGUAUCAGCUGAUUGACAUUUCUGAAGAUGGAUACGUUAGCCUUUUGACUGAGAGUGGCAACACUAAGGACGACCUGAAGCUUCCCACUGAUGAAGCUCUGCAAGCCCAGAUCAGAAGUGGAUAUGAUGAAGGGAAGGACAUUAUCCUGACUGUGCAGUCCGCCAUGGGUGAGGAACAGAUUUGUUCUCUGAAGGAGAUUGGUGGUGGCAAGAACUAAGCCACUCAUUGCUCCUGCUGUCCGCCUGGGAUACAUGUGCUCUAUUGCUGAGUGUUCUGAAGCUUAGUUGCGAUACAUACAUAGGCAUUUCAGUUAUCUGUGGUUUUAUUUUAUCCCCGAAUUCUUGAGGUGUUACUUUCUACUUGGUUGUCUGUCUCUGGAAUCCCUUUAAACUUAAGUGGAUGGUGUAAUUCUGGUUUACUCGUCAAUGUGAAUUGCAAUAUAUAUAGAUUCGUUGCAUUAUUCGA